AUGAAAACACUCUUUUUACUUUAUUAUUUUGUUUUUCAACUAAUACAACGUAAUAAAGGUGAUGAUAAUUAUCUCGGAUGUUACAUCGAUCAAGUAGGAACUCGUGACCUUGAUACAUUUAUUGGAGAUGAGUUGAGUCCAACACAAUGUAUUACCGCUUGUAGAGAACAAAAUUUUACUUAUGCCGGUAUACAGUUUGGAAACGAAUGUCGCUGUGGUCAGACAUAUGGAUUAUAUGGAGAAGUGUCAGAUGGCGAAUGCGAUUAUCAAUGUACAUCGGAAGAAAUAACAGCAAAAUGUGGUGGCGAUAAUCGAAAUAGUGUAUACAAUGUAGAAAUUACCACACCAUCCGAUCCAGAAUCAGAUAAUGAUUGUUUGAACAAUAUCGUUGGAUAUCAAGGAUGUUUUGAAGAAAAUGCACUAGAAGGAAUGUUAGGAGUUGUCAACAAUAUUGGUGCAUGUAUUACUAUGUGUUCUGAUUCCAUAUAUGCUGGAAUUCUUAAUGGAAGUUUAUGUUAUUGUGGUAUGAAUAUCAGACAGUCAACAAAUUUGGACGAAAAUGAGUGCAGAAUCCCAUGUCCGACACACGAAACAACGUGUUGUGGGGGUAUAUCAUUGUUUAGCAUAUACGAUGUUAAUACCUAUAAUAAUGCAACUGCAAAUGAUUCUCCAGUAUUAGCAAGAGUACGUAUUUCAUCAUAUGACUCGUCCACCGUCAUAUUGAGCACAUCACAAAGUAGUUCCAUUAUUCCUUCGUCCGACUUUAAUAAUCAAAAUAAUUUGUCGUCGACAAAUCUUAACACGCCGAUAUCAGCAAGCGUAAAUCCUACCUCAAUUAGUAACGUGAUUAAUUUGUCUUCUACGACAGCGACACCAUUUAUACAAUCGUAUGAUUCAAGUGUUCAUUCUAUAAUAGCCACUGAUAUCACCCCCAGCCAACAUUCAUUAGCCAUUUUUGAUACAUUUUCCACUUCUCUCGGUUCAGCGCCUUCUACAUUAUUAUCAUCUCAAAACUUUGUUGGAGCCAGUCAGUUUUUGGUAUCAGAAAUAAGUCUUCAGUCCACAACCUACUCAGAGCCAACUGUUUAUCAAACUUCCAUAACACAAUUUUCUUCUACAAUUGCAUCUAGUACACAAUACUCUAUAAUAUCAACACAAUCAUCUUCAUCACAAUUGUCAGGAAAUAGUGAAACUAGUCUGCACUCAUCGACACCAAAUCAGUAUUCAACCUUAACGUUUACAGCAAGUAGUCAGUUUUUCAGCAGCGAGCAAUCAUCAUAUCUUGGUUCAUUAUUGUAUUCAACGGAAUUAACACCAUCAUCAACGAACUACUUAACGUCCUUACAAAGUAUAAUCUCUCAGAGUUCACUAAUGACAGCAGCAUCCCAGUCAAAACCGACAAUUUCUCUAAAUCAAUUGACAGAAAGUUCAUCAUUGGCUUUUACUACCAUACUAUCGACAACAAAUACCAUUACGCUUGCAUCUUCAUCAAUAUCACAUGAAGCAACAACAUUUGUAUCUUCCUCGACUCUUAUGUUUGAUUCAACAAUCAUAACCACAUCACCGACGAUAACGUCACAAGCAGUUAAUACGGAAAUAACGGCAAGCAAUACGUAUGUGACUAGCAGUGAACAAUCAACAUCAUAUGUUUCAACAACAACUAUGAUCAACUCAUUAUUAAGCUCGACCAGUUAUUCUUCAGAUUUUACUUCAUCGACAAUUUUGCUCUCAGUCCCUUCAAUCUUCCCGGUUACUAGCACUCUUUCUACUCAAACUACAACACUAUCUUCUCAAGGAAUAGUCGGAAGUACCGAAUAUAUUACCAAUUUUACACAAACUUCAACGAUUACUACCGGUAUCCUCAACUUCACACAGACAUCAACAUUGACUUCAGAAUCAACAACACUAGUACCAGAAUCUGAUAUUGUUUAUUCAGGUUUUAACGGAACUUUUAAUGCAAAAAAUGAUACUCAGAGAACCAAGUUAAAUGACGGUCUUACCGCAAUUGUGUAUUUGGCAUUUUGUUUAAACAAUCCCUGUAACUCUGGCAGAAGGAAAAGGCAAACAAACUGUCUUCUCGAAGCAGUUAUUGUAAACAUAACCCAGCCAAACGCAACUGCUGACCCAAAUUAUUAUCGAGUUUAUUAUUACGUAAAAAAUUGUACGACAAUUAGCGGUCUUUUAGUUUACAAUGCUAUUUCGAGUCUUCCUGUAAGUCUAAUGCAAGCUCAACUUACAAUAUCUAUUCCGGGUAUUAAUCUGAUAGCAGCAGAAAGAGUUCAACUUGUAGUUGCUGAGAAUACUACAACAUCGACGACUAGUACAGCUCCAGUCGAUAAAAAACUAUGGUUAAUUGGUGCUGUCUUGGGUCCGAUUGCUUUUGUGUUGCUUCUAAUACUGGUGUUCUUAUAUCUUCAUUACAAAUGCCGGCCAAGAGUUAAGAACAACAUGAGUAGUGCACAAAACUACAAUGCCAUUCAAGGACGUCAGCCUACAACAGGAGUAGAUUCACUGAUACAAUCAAAUCCUUUAGAUCAAAACGAACGGCAACGUAUAUCGCCACCAUCAACGAAACCUUAUGAUGGGAGAGUGACAAACGUUCCUCAAUUUCCCAUACCAUCUGAUAUCCCUCUUCAUAUUCGAGAAAGUAUAAGAAGUAAAAGUGAUGUUGAACGAUGGCGAAAUAAGAUUCGUAUGCAAGAAAAAUUUGAAAAAAUUUAUCAAUCUCCACUCACCGAUCUUGAUCGAUUGAAAGACGUGACAUCAUCAACAACAGUACCGCCUUUAUCUCGUCCCACACCUCGCAUGCGAACUUAUCAAUAUGAUAAUCCAGCAUAUAACAAUAAUCAAGAAGAUCUUGUACAAAUGCCAGUUAGAAAUGAUGAACAAGAAUAUUAUGAAAAGUCUUAUGCAAUCCAUUCACCAAGACGUAUACCACGUCAAUCAGAAGUUGAAGUUGGACGCACAAAAUUACAUCGUCUAUUAGAUGAAGUAUUAGAUAAAGCUGGUGAUGAACAGUUAAAUCCCGAUUCGAAGUCAGAAACAUUAAAACGUCGAAGACAACGGCGUCGUACACGACCUCAAGAGAAUUACUAUGGCGGAGACUCAUCUGAUCCAAUUAUCGAAGAUCACGAACAACGCCGUCAUAUACCCGUGAUUGCACAAGUGACUGAUCGUCCAGAUCCAAAUAUCACUCGUUUACGUUAUAAUCCAUACGAAGCAGGCGAUCGAGCAGCAGAAAUAUCUCGCUCGAUACCAGUUGAAUUACAUAGAAAAUAUGCCUCAAAUAAUGAAGAUGUAUCGGCAUCGCCAAAUCAAACAAAAUAUUCACAGCAAACAAAUAAUACACUGUUUAACAAUCAUACAAACAAUUUACCAGAUCGAUCGGCGACAAGUACAGAUGCUUUUGCAUCAGCGAAACGCGUUCCAAGAACACGUAUUGAAACAGAUCAAGAAGUGUUGAUGCGUCAGAAUGAUAUGAGAAAUAUCUCAGACACUACUCGAGAACGACCAAGAACUGCAGUGCCGGAAGAUAAUAGACGACAACAUAUGUUUAAUAGUGAUGGUGUCUAUGUUGACUCGAUAAAAACACGUUUUCCAACAAACGAGGAUGAUAUAUCGAGAAAACAUGUAUCUCGAGCUUGGAACGAAGAUCAACAGCAGGUACAACGAAUGCCUCUACAACGACCAGAACCGUCCAGGACAGAUCCAGAUGCUCGAUUUCAUUUAAAUUCGUAUGAAGCCGGUUUUAGUAAUCAACAGCCAAGACGAAAUGAUUAUAAAGAUGAAUAUUUAAUGGCUAAACAGAGUGUCGUAAGUACAAAAAAUUUCAUAUCAUCCAUACAAGGCGAAUUACAAAGUAUCGUGGGUAUACCACCUGGAACUGAUCAUGUCUGA